CGAUCGAUGGAUCGAUCCAUAUUUAGAUUCGCAUUCGCGUAUGUCCCGUACGCACAGAUUAAAUUGAACGAUUAAACUUCUGAAUCUGCAUAUUAUGUUACUUUUAACAAAUAUAUUUAUCUUUUCUAAUGUCAUCGCAAACUGCAAAGCAUUCUUCGGACUUGAAAAGGAGGUGGACACGUGACAACAUAUAAAUAUAACACAAAUAUGAAAAUCAUGUAUUUUAUCCACCGGAUGUUGUGUUUGUAACGCAAAACUUCUUUUCCCUCUUUUAUUUUUAUUCUAGUUUUGAUUUGAUCCAAGGCUAAAGAAAGAUCUGUCUCUGCUGGUUAGAAUCAUUAGAAUUAGAAUAAUGGCAUUCAGACUCAACAUUCUCACGAUACUUUUAUUGUUUACGAUUGCGUUAGUGUUGCCCGCAAAGAAUUCAGAUGUUCGUGAUUCAGAGAAGAAUGUAGUUUCUGAGAGUACAUCCAACCAUGGAACCAGUCAGUCCAACGACAAGUCAUUGGUUCCAAACCAGAUUUCCAAUAAAAUAGCUGGCUACACGAAUGCUGCAACCAAAUCGGAACAAAUGUGCCAAGAAUAUGCCAGACAAAUUCCAAGCACUCCAGGAGUACUGUCUCUGGUUGGCACCAAUUCAGAGGUGAAUCGACUUGUUAUCGGAGGUGUUACUGCUCUUCCUGGUGAAUUUCCUCACAUGGUAGCUUUAGGUACAAGAACCAACACGGGAAUGUUUCGUCUUUCGUGCGGUGGGACACUCAUUGCACCGGAAUGGGUACUUACAGCGGCACAUUGCACUUACCUGCCAAAUCCUACGGAUGCACGGAUCGGUUUCCAUGAUUUAAGGGAUAAUCAGCACGGUAUUACGACAACGAUUAAUAAAACGAUACGUCAUGUAAAUUACAAACCUCCUACCAUAUAUGAUGACAUAGCCCUUAUAAAGUUAAAUACUGCUGUUACAUUUAGCAAGGAAAUACGGCCUGCUUGUCUAUAUCAACGGUACGAUACUAUACCAAUGCAAGCAUGGGUCAGUGGCUGGGGUGUUACCGAAUUUGAAGCUGAAGAAGGAAGCAAUCAAUUGCAAAAGGCGCAGCUUGAUGUUAUCGACAACUUAAGGUGCGCGAUUAGACACAAUCAAUCGAUAAAAAUACCAUACGGAAUUACACCAAGUAUGGUCUGUGCUGGAGAUUCUCGCGGUGGUUGGAAUAAAGACACUUGUCAAGGUGAUUCAGGAGGUCCGUUACAAGUAGUUCAUCCGAAAAAUUUAUGCCUCUUUCAAGUACUAGGUAUUACAAGUUUUGGACAAGGCUGCGCGUUCGUCAAUAUGCCAGGAGUAUAUACGAGAGUCUCCCAUUAUCUCAACUGGAUAGAGGAUAUCGUUUGGCCAUAACGAUAGAAUUAUUUUUUUUUUCAAGUAUCAUUAUCGAUGCUGUGAUCAAUACAUAUCUAUACACACACACAUACACGCGCGCGCGCGCGCGCGCGCGUUGCCGAUAAUUAUGUAGAUUUACAGAAAAAAAAAGGAGAGAAAAAAAUACAAAAGAACGGAUAUUAUUUUUA